AGAGUGGAAUCCAAGCUUUAUUUUUGCAAUGGACUACAAUGCGCUGCUACUGGUGUGUAUUGUUCCAGUUGUUUGUUGCUACAGCUCAGGUCAAAUUAUGGACAGCUGUGAAGACAUGCAACCCCAUCACUCUGGGUUGAGACCGCAGACAGAACCAGCGCCUUACACCAUCACUACAGACCACAGCAGUUACAGACGUGGAGAGGAGGUCAAAGUUCAGCUCCUGGCUCUGAGCUCAGCACCAUUCAUUGGUUUCUUGUUACAAGCAAGAGAAGUGGGGGGGCAGUCUCCAGUGGGCUCCUUUGAGCUGAUGCCAGGGGCUGCUCAGCUGCUGAUUUGCGGCCAGAGACCUGUGAGUUUACUCCCAUGCUGUAAUGUGAAUAACAUGCCUACAGCUGGCAAAACUGUGUAUGAUGCCCCAUGCUUAUUCAACAUUAAUUCUGCAGUAUCUCACCGAUCAGACUCUGUUAAGACCUCUAUUUGGGUGACAUGGAGAUCAAAAGCAUCAAGAGACGGGAAACCCAUUCAGUUCCAUGCCUCCUUUGUGAAGAAUUAUAAGACAUUCUGGGUUGAUGUUACAAGUCCUGUCCUGACCUUCAGUAAUGAUGGUAGUGGCGGAUCCACCAGUCUGCCUACACCAACAAUAACCAGCUCCACCACCACAACAACAAUAGAACUUCAACCUACAUCACUGAGUAGUAUCUCCAGUGCAGACUGCGGUAUUACCAAGAUGUGUUUCAGUCAGCCUUCAGACUGUGACCCUGCAGUCAGUGCCGACUGUUAUUUCAUGUCAGCCAUGAUGCUGUCUUCAACUGACAAAACCAUCCGAUAUGAGAUGACAGGUCCUUCCAAUGGAUACAUCUCUUUUGGAUUCUCAGAUGAUCAGAUGAUGGGAAAUGAUGACAUUUAUAUUUGUGGCAAAGGCAGUGAUGGCAGAGUGUGGUUGCAGCAUGCCUUUUCAACAGGUCGGACAGCUCCACAGGCUGUUCCUCUGGGGAAUGUUUUGGAUGUAAGAGCAUCAGCGCUGGACAGAGUAAUCAGCUGUUCCUUCACCUCCAUGAACAAGAUUUCUACUCAGAGGACCAGAGGCUUCAACAAAACCUACCAUCUCAUGUUUGCUCAUGGUCCCAGCAGCUACGGAGCACUAAUGCUGAUAGCCUGGAUGACCACAGGAUCACUAGGGAUGAUGGUGGCUCGAUAUCUGAAAGGAGUGACCAAAGGACACAACCUGUGGGGCAAAGAUGUCUGGUUUCUGGGAGCCCAUCCAGUGUUGGGCUGCCUGGUUAUGAUCCUCUCAUUCCUCCAGCCCAUACUGGCACUGAUGCGUUGUGGACCACAACAUCCACUGAGAUUUCUGUUUAACUGGUCCCAUGCUUUAAAUGCGGUGGUCAUAAAAACCUUAGCUGUGGCUGCCAUAUUUACUGGUCUGAAGUUGAUUGAUAGCACACUGGACCAUUGGCUGAUGAAAGUGAUGGGUGGUUUUAUUGGAUGGGAAUCUUUGUGCUACAUACUCCUCGAGGUGCAUUUAAAUUGCACAAUCAACAAUACAGAUACUUUGAUAUCGAAAAUGACAACAGUCAUCCUGCUGAUGGUCCUAUUCUGUCUGGGAAACUGUGCCUUUCUUGUGGCUCUGUUGGUAGGAAUUGGGAUGUCAUAGAAAAAACCAUGACACAUCAAAAACAACGUACUAUAGGAUUCCUAUUGUUUUUGCACCGGGGCCCAAAAGGGUGUAGCUGGGGACUAGGGACUGAUUCUUCAAUAGUAAAAAAACUGCAGAAAAAAACAUAAAGUGCCUCCAUACUGCUCCUGUGGUGUCAUCCAAGUGUACAUAAGCCCUGACAUUUUGACUCUAAAGUGCUGCAUUUACACCAUGUUUUUACCCUAAAGCAGAAUAUCCCCCAGAACUGCACAUCAUGCACGUAGCUUUGGGCAAGAGCUUGUGUGCAGUGUGUGCAGAGGAGGAUAUCAGAAGACAUUUAGUGGUAGAGGUGUGCAACACAUCACUGGAAACGGUCUCCCAGCCAUCUACCACCAGCUGUGUCUGUGGAAGGCACACAACACCAUCAAAGACCAUAGUCAUCCAGCAUGAAAACUGUUCUCUUUUACCAUCUAGUAGAUAGUACAGGAGCAGGGCUGCACCCACCUUCAGACUUAAGAAUAGUUUCUAUAACAAGGUCAUCAGGUUUCUCAUGACAAACAAUACUCUGCACAUCUGCUUGUUUUCACUUUUAUUUUCCUCACCUCUCGAAAAAUGGCAAUAACUUACUUGAUCUUUUCAAGGUCCAUUUGAGUCUUUAAAAAUGAUUGUUCUGUAUGAGAAUUAUACUGUAAUAGUAAUAGUAUGAACAAUGCUUGAAUGAGUAUGUAAAGUCUCUUAUGUGAUCUGAUUGUACCAUGCCAUUCCACUUUUCAAAAAGUUUCAUAAGUUGUGUAUGCAUAUUAAGCUGUCAGUGUGUCAUUUUGAUUAGGGUUAAGGUCAGGAGAAAGUAAGUAGAUAAAUGACGUGCCAUAAAAAGAUGUGAAAUGUAUGUGUUAUUCACCCUUUGGUGAUA